AGGACAGCUUAACGCGACGGAAAUUGUUAAAGCCUUGCUCUACUUCCUUCUUCUUUUCAUAUUUUCUCUUUUUCUUAAAUCAUCGUUUUAUUUUUCAAUCAGAGACUGAGAAAAGAUGGAAUUGGUCGACAGCGGAAUCCGUGAGGGUAGCGCCCAGAUUUUCAGCGUUUCUGCAUCUUCAGCCUCUACCUCCAGCUCUGGUCCCGCCUCAACCAAGAACAAUGGCACCACCACAAACAACGACAGCAGCAAGCAGGAUGCAGGUCGACAGGAAGUGUUUUACAACCCCGCUCAGGUCUACAAUCGGGACUUGAGUGUUGUCGUCCUCUCCGCCUUUAGCGUGAUGCGCCGUGCCGAGGAGGAAACACGGGAAAAACAGCGAAUUAAGCAAAAGAAAAACCCUCUCCCCGAAAACUACCAAGGUAUGGCCAUCCUAGAAGCCCUAGCUGCUUCAGGCCUACGAUCUGUCCGCUACUGGAAGGAAGUCCCCGACGUCAAAAGCAUCGUCGUAAACGACUUUGACGCUACUGCAGUCGAGCACAUGAAGAAGAAUUUGCAACGCAAUGGCGUUAUCUCGACUCCACCAAAUGCGAGUGUCGACAAAGUGCGACCAAACCAUGGGGAUGCGAUUCUGCAUUGCUACACUGAGGGGUACCGCAUGUACGACGUGAUCGACUUAGAUCCUUACGGAACUGCCUCGCCGUUCUUAGAUGGCGCAAUCAGGGGAAUCAAGAAUGGGGGUCUACUGUGUGUCACGUCCACUGAUAUGCCAAUUCUAGGCGGAAACCAUCCUGAAACCUGCUUCUACCGCUACGGAGGGACGCCGUUGAAGGCGCCGUACGUUCACGAGAUGAGUCUGCGGCUCUUGUUGAAUUUAUGUUCACUCCCAUCUUGUCUUGAACUGUUGAAGAUUCUUUAGAAGUAGUUGCACCUAGAAGAUUUACCACGAGUUCUCCUUGAGGAGCUAUGAAUUUACUCAACAUAGGACACUGUAGAUGGUGCUAGUCGUCGUUGUUAAUACUAGGGUGAAAUGGAAAUGAAUCACAAUCAAGAAUCACAUUUACUAUAACUGCUUAGACAUCACGUGAUCGUAUGAUCGAUAUUCCAACAUUUUUCCCUCCUUCCACCUCCUCUAAUCCGCGCCCUUGCCUCCACUGCUGCUCGUCAUCAACGCGUCAUCGAGCCACUGCUUUCGGCCAGUAUGGAUUUCUACAUUCGUGUCUUCGUACGUAUUCGGGAUUCGCCUCUUCAAACCAAGGACUUAGCGAAAAAUACCGGUGUGGUUCUUCAGUGCGUCCACUGCGAGACUCAUCACAUGCAACCAAUGGGAGAACAGGAGAUUCCAGCGAAAGCGGGAGGUGAGCAAGCGAGCAAGAUGACGCAAGGACAAGCUAGUACCACUACUAACUCCGGUGGUGGUGAUUCUAAGAACCAAGAGGUAGGAAAUGUCGCGCGGCACGAAACUGAAGAGGCUAGUGCAAAACCAGAAGAAACAGCCUCUGAAUUAUCUGCCCUAGAUCCCCGUCUUCAGUCUCUCCUUGAUUCCGCUCGCACAGAACGCGUCAAUGCCCAAGCGAUCAAGGGUUUGAAGUAUCGUUCUGCGAAGAUGAAUACGCAGGUUGGAGGAAGUUGUGACGAGUGCGGAUCCAGAUUCGCCAUUGGCGGACCCUGUUGGCUAGGACCGUUGCAUAACAAGGAGUUCUUGAAUGCCUGCAUUGCCUUGUGCGAAAUGAAUGAGAAAUACACUGUUGAAGAGAAAGAACAAUUGAAGGCUGCGAUGGGAAUGAAGGGAGGGAAGAAUCAUUGUCAUGCUCCUUCAACUACUAUUUCUGAAUCUGAAAAGAAUCCAACUGCAGCUGCUGGACAACAAGAAGAAGAACCAUCACCGAAGAGAGCAAAGGUUGUAACUAGUACAGUUGCUGAAAGAACUGCAACUAGUCGUGCAGCUACCGCAAAUACUGCAGCAACUUGUAGCGCAGGAUCAGACGCAGCAAACAUCCGCAACGCAUUAACCCUCCCGUACAUCACUCAGUGGAGGAAGAUCCUAGGGAUGGUCACAGCGAUGAGCGAAGAGCUCGGAGACGUACCUCUCCACUACAGUCUUCCAGCCUUGUGCAGAAAUUUGCGUGUCGAUUGCGUUCCUAUGCGCCAGUUUCGAGGUGCACUAGCGAAAUUGUGCUACCGCGCAUCGCACUUCCAUCGCGAUGCUAACGCGAUCAAAACGGACGCGCCACCACGUGUGGUUUUCGACUUGGUGAGGCAUUGGGCAAAGCAGAGAGGUGGAGGUGGUCCGAGUGCGGAAGACGAAGCGGAGGACAGCACUACUGCAAAAUCCAACAAGAAAUUGAGCAAGAAGCAAAGAAAACUUCAAAAAAUGAACAAUGGUGUUGCUUCUAGUGGUUCAAAUAAUCAGGACGACAAAGCUCUAGAAGCUUCAAAUUCCGCAGGCGCAACCAGCUACGAAGACAAGGUGAAACGUAUGGCAUCGCGAGAAAUCGUUACUGAAGGCGUAUCUGACAUCGUUUUCGAAGACAUGGUUGACGCUGAAGUCGCUACCAGUUCGAAAAAAGUUGCAAAAUUUCUUCCGAACCCAACAGCAAACUGGGGUCCCAAACCACGUGCCAAACCGGUCGUGGCCGCGUCCAGUGAAGGAGGUGAUGAAUAGCUGAAUCGGAUGAUUGUCUUUCGUCUUUACUUCAAAUCACUCCUGAAGAUGUCAGUAUGUUCAUCAUUGCACUGAAUUUAGUAGACGAAGACGAUUCAAUGUUGACGAAGACGAAGUCGAUUCAAUGUACUAGCACAACUCUGAACUCUCAACAGCGACAUGCCCUUCUCCAAAGAUUCGCUCUCCUACACCUACCCAGAGAGUCCUGGCGCUGGCGAUGGCUAGUGACACAAUAAAAUGUUUAUGAUUGAUGUCAAACCUUGCAACAUUGCAAAAAGAAUGCGCACGAUUUCGACUUUUUCUCAUGCCCUUAUGGAGCUGAUGUGCUCCGCCUGUACGCUAAAAA